AUGGCAUCAGAAGAAACAAAUUAUACCCAAGGGUAUUCGAAAGCCACUCUUUCAAGUCACGCCUCCCGGACAAUUGAGUCCGACGCCAGCUUCUUGAUUCCUCACCUGCGAGCCACAGACCACAUAUUAGACGUGGGUUGUGGUCCAGGGACCAUCACCGUCGGGUUCGGAGCCAUUGCUACACAAGGCUCAGUCAUCGGUGUCGAUAUCUCAGAGCAGGUCCUCGAACAAGCCCGAGAGACAGUCAGCAGAGGGAGGAUGAAAUCGCAGGACACUGUCCCUUCCCUACCGCCCAUCACAUUUCAGAAAGCAGACCUCCUCGGCGGACUGCCCUUCCCCGACAACACCUUUGACGUCGUCUUCAACUCGCAGCUCUUUCCCCACCUCCCCACCCACGAAAUGCGAGUCCGGGCGCUGAGCGAGAUGCGCCGCGUCCUGAAAACCGGGGGUAUCAUGGCCUCGCGCGACGCCGCUGAGCUGCACUUUUAUCCUCGGUCGUACGACCUCGACAGGGUGUGGGCUGGCAAUUUGGCCAAGGGCUAUGGACACGGCAGACCAGGUGCUUGCUUCCCCGGCGGCGACAUGCCCGCGCUGUUCCGAGAGGUGGGCUUCGAUGCGGCGGCGGGAAAGACCAAGGUCGGGGCUGGGACGACCGUCCACGCGGGCAAGGAGGCGCGGGACUGGUACGUGGCUGCGAGCCUGGGCAAGCUGCAGCCGGAAGACCCGUUCAGAGAGGGCUGGCAUCGUGUUGGGAUCACGGACGAGGAGGUCGAGGAGGCACGAGAGGCUUUGGAGAAAUGGGGCAAAGAUGAUGAUGCCUGGUAUGUCGCGCUUCAAGCCGAAAUGUUAGGGUGGAAGUAG